AAAAAGUAAAAUGAACAUUACUCGGGAGAACGGUGGCAUGCAUUAUAACUCAAGAGAGCAGCCAUAGGCUGAUUCCAUGCGAUCAAUCCCACCUUCCACCAAUGUCAACACCUUCUCUCAUUCCCUUUUUCCUCUCGACCUUCAUCUUAGGCUUAGCCUCCUCCACUCCCUCGUCAGCCGCCGCCCCGGUGCCCACAGCCAAACCCUCUCCGCUCGUAUUCCCCGUCAAGAAAGAUGCCGCCACCAACCAGUACUACACCACCCUCCAGCUUGGGACUCCCGCCACCGCCAUGAACGGGGUCCUCGACCUCGCGGGUGAGUACACGUGGCUCGACUGCAGUGGCUACGAGUCCUCCUCCUACCGUCCCGUCCACUGCAACUCCUCCAGGUGCGAGGCCGCCGGCGGCCUCAGCUGCAACGGCUGCUACGGCCCCGCCAGGCCCGGCUGCACCAACGACACGUGCGGCGUCUAUGCGGCGAGCCCGUUCCUGGACGUUAUCCUGGGCUCAGGCCUGGCCGUGGACGUCCUGGCCUUGCACUCCCCGGACGGGAUCAAGUACAAGUCCGCCAGUAAAUUUCAACAAUUUGCUUUCUCUUGCCUGGACGACGGCUCUGACUGGGCGAAGGGACUGUCGAAAUCAACCAAAGGCAUCGUCGCGCUCGCGAGGAACCCGGCCUCGCUCCCCACCGAGCUCUCCACGCAGCUCAAUCUCCCACGCACAUUCGCUAUCUGCCUCCCUUCUUCCUCCUCCGGAUCCACCCACGGCGACCUCUAUGUCGGCGGCGGCCCAUACAUACGACCUCCGAUCAAGAAAGACCUCGUGAAAACGCUCCUCCGCACUCAGCUACUCGUCAACCCAGUGAAACGGGCCCCUGUCUACAGCGAAGGCGAGCCCUCUGAUGAGUACUUCGUCGACGUGACCUCCAUCAAAGUUGAUCUCGCUCCGAUCAGCUUCAAGUCCUCGAUCCUCGCGAUUGACAAGAACGGCAUCGGGGGGACCAAAAUUGGCACUCUCACUCCGUACACGGUCCUCCACUCAGCGAUCUUCAGGCCUCUGGUGAAUGAAUUCACGAAGAAGGCAAUGGACAGGAAGAUCAAGAAGGCGUCGCCGGUUGCACCGUUCGGGGUUUGCUUCGAUGCGAAGAUGGUGAGGAGCGGGAAGGCGGGUCCGGACGUGCCGGCAAUUGUGCUGGUGCUCCAAGGCAACGUGCAGUGGAGGAUGGAAGGGGCGAACUCGAUGGUGAGGGUGAGCAAGGACGUUAUGUGCCUGGGGUUUGUGGACGGAGGAUCGAAGCCAAGGACAGCAGUCGUGAUAGGAGCUCAUCAGAUGGAGGAUAAUUUAGUGGAGUUCGACGUGGGGUCGUCGACGUUUGGGUUCAGCAACUCGCUCCUCCUUCAGAACUCCAGUUGCUCCUCAAGAUCUUGACGUGCCUGGGGCAGGUCAACAUUGCGUUAGGGCCCCUGCGGUCCCCUUAUCUUAACUCAUUCUGCAAUAUCUCCCUUGUAUUUGCAAUGGACUAACGUGAAAUCAAAAUAGCAUAACGUGUUCAUUGCACGCCAGAGAAAAAAAAAACUAAUGGGAAAAUCUAUAAGAAGAUGGUCAUAUCCUGCCGAGAAAUUAUUAGGUAAAGUUGGGAUAACCAACUCAGCAAUGCACAAGUCCAUUCCAGGUGUUACUCAUGGGCUCACCUUUCAGAAAACCUGCAACUCCCUCUCCCUCUCGCAUUCGUUUCUCUCUUCUUCACCGAUUUCUUUGUUUGUUUCCCUUUCCAUUUCUUUUCUUUCCCUUUGGCAUGUGAUUUGUUCUCUUCACAGUUCAGUUUAUUAUGUAAAUUAGAAUGUAGAAAGAAACCCUUUUUACUCGUCUCAACCUCACUCACCUACUUGAGUUGUCGCUCACUUUUGUUCA